AAAAAAAUCAGUACCGGCAAACUAAACUUUAAAGUAGGUAAUAAGUAGGUAAUUGGAAUUUGGAAUUAUAAAACGUCGAGUUAGUGGCGUGGCGAGAAAUUUUAAUUUUAUAUCCGUGACCUUUGCCUUUAUUUGUUCGAAUUUACAAUUGAAGCGCCCGGUGACAUUGAAAUUGAACGAAGGGAAGGGUUACCGCAUUAUCCACAGUUAAAAUAGUAGGUACUCGCUCAAUAUUGAUUGAGUACAUAAGACUACGCAAGUAUGGAGAUUGAAGUCGUAAGCGUAUCCGGCUUAAAAUCGUUGGGUAAAAUACAUGUAAACGAAGACGCUACUAUUAAGGAUGUAAAAGAAACAAUUCAUAAAAGCGUAAAAAAGUCAUUAUAUCCUGAAAGACAAUCAAUAAAAUUAGAGGCUAAAGGGCGAUCGCUUAAAGAUGAAGCCACUCUGAAAUCUUUAAAUAUAGACAGUAAUGUGAAAUUAUAUUUACAAGAUCUCGGACCACAAGUAUCUUGGAAGAAUGUAUUCUUAGCGGAGUACGCUGGUCCAUUAUUUGUAUAUUUGUGGGUAUACCAGAGACCCUGGCUGCUUUAUGAAACUGACUCUGCACCAGGCAGUGUGGCCACAAUUGCAGCAAUUUGUUGGUCAGUUCACUAUGGUAAACGCAUACUUGAAACAUUGUUUGUUCAUCGAUUCUCUCAUGGCACAAUGCCUCUUCGGAACUUAUUCAAGAAUUGUUCAUAUUACUGGUUGUUUACUCUAUACAUUGCAUAUCACAUCAACCACCCUCUGUUCACUGCUCCAUGCAAUACAUGUGUUUAUGUCGGCUUAGCUGGAUUUACAAUUUGUGAGCUGGGUAAUCUGAGUAUUCACAUUCUUUUGAAGAACCUUCGUCCACCAGGCACAAAAGUGAGACGAAUUCCGAAACCUGAUGGAAAUCCUUUCUCUAUACUCUUCAAUUAUGUGUCCUGUCCAAAUUACACUUAUGAAUUUGGGUCAUGGCUCUUCUUUACCAUCAUGACAAAAUGUGCACCUGCUGGAAUAUUUGCCGUGGUUGGAUUAUAUCAGAUGUCAGUAUGGGCCCUCGGCAAGCAUAGAAACUACAAGAAGGAAUUCCCUGACUACCCUAAAGGUCGUAAAGCUAUUUUGCCAUUCAUUCUCUAAGAUGUAUGUUAUGUAAUGGGUUACACGAUUAGUGUAUUAGUAUUUACUACAUGAGUUGAAAUAUAGAUGAAAUGUUCUUUUCAAAUGAUCAUAUGAUCUUGGGGCUGCAAUGGGAAUUUUAAUAUUAGUAAUCAGAAAUUAUUUCGGUCUUCUUGGGAGGUGACGGAAUUUUAUUAUUAAAAUUAUAGCUUUAAUAUAUUAUGUUAGCUUGUUUUGUUUUUGUUAGAAUGGAUAACUGCUUAAUUCAUUUGUAAUAUUUCAAGUUAAAAUUUUGUUCAGAUGUUCUAGUGUACAUCAUAAUUUAUUAUUUUAAGUAAAAUAAAGGCAUUUAUAAAUUCUUUUUUAAA